CGGUCUCUAAUUUUUUUCAUGAAUUCAUAUUCAUUUCUCCCAAUCGCGCGCCUCAACCCCCUCAAACAACCCCCCUAAUACUACUCCUGAUUAUCAGGUAGAGUUAACAAUCCCCAUAGUCUAGAUUCAAUACAACCUAACCUGCAAGACGCAAUUGCUGAUUCUAUUGUCCAUAUCCGCAAUUUACGCCAGCGCAUCAGACGAGAGACUGGUACAGUAGCCUCUGCACUACUUUUAUCGUCAUUGUCAACAUAACUAGGACAAUAUUCCGGCUCGCCUGCUCGCGCGUCCGAGCGACGGUCAACCAGCAUCUUUGGUACACAGAAAAUACUACCGAGUGGCACGUUUGCUCGCGUACUUAUAGAAGACGACUAUACAGCAUGACGUAUAAGAGCACUGAUUACUAUCGUGCACAAUUGGAGGCUUUGAGGGAGAAUCAGGAUGGAUUUCGAGUUGUUUAUAGAUCAAAUUCGGAUUUUUUGGCCAGUCAAGAUGCAAAGCUGAGGUCCUUGAUCGUGUUCGAUUCGUCUUUUAAUCCGCCGACUAUUGCCCAUCUUGCACUUGUCAACGAUACGAUCAAGCUUCUUCAAUCAGCAUCUCAUGCGACAGACAAUGACGAGUUUGGAAUAGUUCUACUACUAGCAGUGCAAAAUGCAGACAAGCCCGUGGUUCCAGCACCACUUGAGCACCGCCUUGCGAUGAUGGAACGAUUUAGCGCGUCAAUCAGCAAAAUUGCAGAGACCAGUGGGGGCGGCAUCGGUAGUUCUGCCGCUGACAAUGGCGGUCUCGGUCCGAAAGUGAAUGUGGCCAUUGGCAUCACACCUUUUCCCAAGUUUGUUGAUAAAGCUGACGCGAUACAAACAUCGUUCCCUGGAGUUGGCGAGCAAAUCUACAUCACUGGCUACGACACGCUGAUUAGACUGUUUGAUGCCAAGUAUUACGGAGGAAAGACUGUUGCAGAAGCACUGGGUGAGUUUAUGGCACGCAGCAGGAUCAUGUGCUUCAUUCGCGACAAUCCACAGUGGGGUACCGCAGCAGAUCAGAUGCAGUAUAUCGAAGACGUGCGGAACGGCCGCUACCGAGAUAAUAUUCCUCCCUCGUGGGCGGAACGGAUCUCCCUGCAUCCGUACUUGACGGGCCAAGAUCCAAAGCAGCAGAUCAAUGCCGACUCAGAACAGGGCUCUGGCCACAGCGAGAAUUAUAGAGACCAGAAUAACGCACGCGGGGAUGUUGUUGAUCUCGCGACGGUCAGUUCUACAGCGGCCCGAGCUGCAGCUAAAACAGGCAAGAGCGCGGAAGGCCUGACUCUUGAACAAAUUGUCUCGGACGCUGUGACGACAUACCUACGCGAAAACCAUACUUAUUAGUCCCGAGGGUCUGGAAUAGCAGCGCUAGUUGUUCAAUCACCGACAUUCAGGUUCUGUCCCGAGCGAUCAGAGAACGGAGGGGUGGAUGAGGGGGUGUGCGUGAGAUUUCGUUUGCGUUGCAUUGACGCACUGCUGAUGCACCACCACCUGCGUCGGUGAUGAUCAUCCUGCCACAUUUGUUCGUUUCUCCCAACGGCCGUCCGCGGCGACCUUAUGCCGAUGUGAUCAACGCUUAGCGGCAAAACCGCGAUGGGGAGCUGAACACCGGAUCCCCCAGUAUGCAGUAAUAUAAAGUGACAGCAAUCUAUUAUAGUUUUGCAUAACUUAUUUAUUUUUGAA